GUCCAGAAGUCAUCCACUGAUCUGAGCAAAAUGAUUUCGAAACGCUGUGUGCCUUACAGGCCCCACGAUUAUAUGUAUGAAACAUCUGCACUUUCAGACCCAAUUUUCACUGUCUCCGGGCCGGUGGACCACUACAAAGCGGCGAUUAUCGCCAAAAUGUCUUCGAUAAAAUUCCAAUUAUGCCCAAUUUUCCCCAACAUGUUCUCGGACUUACCAAACCACCCCCGAAUCCAACUGGUUCAGCGGCGACAGAGGCCGAUUCUCCCAUACGAAGAGAGGCUGCAAGGUUCGAACAGAACCGAUCCAGCCAUGUCCAAAUCCAUAGACGUAGCCGGAGCUGAUAGAGCCAAGUUCUUCUGCCCGAUCAUCAACCUGCCUCCUAAGGACUUUGUGGGUGUUUGCGACCACCUGCCCAGAUUCACCAUCGAGAGAGCCCAAAAGGUCUAUGAAGAAGGCGACAAACUAACUGAAGCUGGCAAGAAGAGCGUCCACGUGCAGACAGUCUAUCGAGACUCAACUGCUCAGACGAUUCCUUGGGAGCCGCCCUACAAAAUAAUCGGGGAAGGAGAGCCCGAGAUUUUGAAGCUGGAGUUCCUCAAAUGGGCCAGCGGCCUUCCGGCAGGGGUGCACGAAGUGCGCCUCAUCGAGAGGGCCCGAAUGAAGCGCGCCUGGGAAAACGCAGUGAAACCCGAUAUAAACGACGAGAAUUCCCUGCAAAAAUUCCGCGACUACGUCGAGGCUUUGGAGCAGGACGAGUGGGCCUUUAGGGAGCAGGAAAUUCAAGAAAUCCAGGAGCUGCGCCUCCAGCUGCUGGAGAAAAUGCUGCAGGAAAUUCACGAGCGCUCGCACGAUAGGGCGCAGGACAAACUCGAACGCUUCAUCAAAGCCAAAGAGCAGGAAAAGCUCGCCAAACUUGACAAAAUCCGGAAGCAAACCGCUCGAGAGCUCAGAAAGUUGGAGCUGGAAGAGAAAGGGGUCAAGCGCAAAUACCAUCAACCGGACAUAAUAGAAGAGCACAUUUCCAAAGCCUCUGAACUAUACGGGCCGCUGAUGAGGAACGGGGAGCACCCAAAGCGAUGGCACCAAAUUAUCGACGAAAAAAUGAAGCGAUACCAGGCGCAGUUUAUCGGAGUGGAGCAGUUUAGCACGCUGCCGCGAUGGCUGAACCAAGCCACCAACCUCAAAGGAAUGGAGCGGAAGGAUCCAAACCAAGGGCCUCAACUGUGCAUCCGCGAAACCAAGUGGACAGCGCCAGUUCUGAAGAGUUUGCACGAAGAGCUACAAAAUCUUCGAAAGGCUUCAGAGAAGAAAGCCUGCUCCUUGAGAAUACGCAACCAAAAGGUGGCCCAGGACGUCUUCACUCCGGAGGUCGAGGGAAUUCCUCCAGACAAAGAGCUCCAAUACCAGGCUAUUGUGUAUUUGCAAAGCAUCAUCGAGGGCAGAGCCACCCAAAUGAUGAUCUACGAAGGACGAGAAAACUGCAAAGAACUGAUCCAGGAACUGAAGUACUCAGUGGGCCUGUUGAAGAAGCAAAAGGAGCUGAGGUCCAAAGAGAAACUGAAGGUUCGGAUGCAGCAAAGAGAGGAGACCAUCCAAAGCGUCAUGGUGUCUCGAUUGCAAGGCACUUUAGGUAAACUGCAGGGACAGGUGGUGGGUUCCAUACUGGAUUUCCUCAACAAAGAGCUGCGAAGACUCUUAGAGGAGCGAAAAGCGCACGCCAUGUGCUGGGUGAAUGAACGAGAGCGAAAUAUUCGCGAAGCUGCCGAAGCGGGGAGACGGCAAAAGGAAAUCAGGCGGAGGAAAGAGCACGAUGAAAUAUUCAAGCAAAUAGUAAAGGUGACUCAAGAAUCGGUGGACGUUUAUCUGCAAGACAUCAUAACUGAAGGAAUGGAUUUUGCCGGCAAAGACGAAGCCCUCAGAUAUGUUCUGGCCUUGGCCAAUAAGGUGGAAAAAGAGGUGAAUCAGAUCGACAAAUCAUACGCAAUGGAAGGAGUCGAUACUGAGGACGAACUCAUAGCCGAUCUGGUGCAUCACUUCGUUCUCCCAGAGGUGGAGAAGCAAACGGUUCGCGAAUCCAUAGUAAAGCAGCAGCAGCACAAGUUGAAAACUGUACACGAAACGAUUUAUCAGCGGCUGGAAAAAAUGCCCAAAGUCGAUCAAAAAACCAGCUUCAAUGAAAACUCGCUCUACUCAUCAUCCCCUACUAUAGAGCACUACCAGUACAAAAUAGAGGAAAUGUUGGAAAGUGCUGCGAAUGACCUGAAACCGCAUGCGUCCGGUUCAGUUAUUCCUCUGGCUGGCACCAUCCAAGGUCAUCAGUCUCAUUUAGCGAGCGAAGAUAGUUCCCAUCCAGAGAUUCUUGAGCUGUACUUGAACAUGUUGGCGUCCCAUGAGGAACUACAGAGGGAGAACGACGACCAACAGCCCUUCGACAUACAGGAGCGAAUUCCUGAGGUGAAUCGAUCUCGGAGGUAUCAGUCGUUCGGUAAAGAAUUGGAUACAAUUAUUGAAAUUGACAAUGAAGAAAGCGCUUCCGCUACUACGGAUGCGACUAUUAAAGACACUUCUAGCUUUACGGAUGAAUAAAUGGCUUCCAAUUGGGUUUGAGAGA